UUGUCGCCACCAAAAGGCCAUUGCGUAAAUGGCAAUCUCGAGGGCCUACUCUAAUUGGUCUUCACAAAAUGCCAGUGAUGCGUCUUUUCUUGUCUUAGUUUCAUGAUCCUUUCAUAAUCAGCUCAGCUUAGUGUUUUCAACAUUAUAUUUCUUAAUCAAGAGAAAAGUCUAUACGCAGGCUGUAUUUUAAACGUAUAUUAGAAGUGUUGCUUCUUCAAAUUUCAGAUUUUAGCUUGCAUUCAUAAAAAAUAAACGUGAUUGUUAAUCAACAAAAAAAAUUUAAGACAAAAAUAAAUCCUUUAAUGACCCCACUAUUGUAUUUCCUAAGUGUUAUCCACAUGGGGGCGAUAGUUUACAUUCAGGCGAUACAGCGCAUAUUACGCUGCUGAAUGUUUCGAGUUGUUCCCAAACGCAUCUUCUGUCAGUCGCACUUCAGCUUUUUUCUCUUUAUCAUCACGCGGCACGCUGCUUUUUAAUGUGUUCGUGCAUUUUGGUCGAUGUUCACGCUGGUAGCAGUUUUGUUGAGGGCGUGCAUUCAUACAUGAGCUGUUUUGUCACUUGCUGCCUGAUGCUGGUAUAGAUACUCCAAACCUGUUUGUCUUUCAGCACUAUGAGUGUAUGAUGUCUAAGAGUUGCUGCCAUGGCCUGCAGCAGCAGUCAGAGCAGUGCAGAACCUUUGGAGGGGUUUCAUGAAGUGAAUCUGGCUUCACCCACCACCCCUGAUCUUCAGAAUCAAGCUGAGCAGCGUCCUCCUGUUAGGCACAGCACUCCUCCAACCUCUCUUUAUCGCACCCAUUCGCUUGGAGCGCCCCCUUCUGGUCUCCCUACCUCCCUGCGAGCAGAUCAGCUCCCCACACAGCCCGUUUACUCAUCACCAAGACAUAGCCACAAUGGAAGUGUUCCAGGCCUGGAGGCGGACUCUGCAGAUGGAGAGGAUGGUGAGGAGUGUAGUGCUUUGAGUGACAGUCUCGCUCGGCUACACAGCCCCUCUGUAAUGGAAGUCAGAGAGAAAGGCUAUGAGAGGUUAAAGGAGGAACUAGCAAAGGCCCAAAGGGAGCUGCUGUUGAAGGAUGAGGAGUGUGAGAGGUUGUCUAAAGUCAGAGACCAGCUUGGCCAGGAGCUGGAGGAGCUCACCGCCAGCCUUUUCCAGGAGGCCCACAAGAUGGUCAGAGAAGCAAACGUUAAACAGGCUAAUGCCGAGAAACAAUUGAAAGAAGCUUUGGGCAAGAUUGAUGUCCUCCAGGCUGAGGUGCAAGCAUUGAAGACCCUGGUCCUCUCCUCUCCAACCUCCCCAGUGGGCGAACUCCCCUCCAGCGGGGGAAAGACUCCUUUUAGGAAGGGUCACAGCAGGAACAAGAGCACUUCCUCUGCCAUUCUAGGCACACAACCGGACCCAUCAGCAACACAACCAAUAGUCCGAGAGUGUAGAGAGGUGGACAGUCAGUUGUUCAAUGAAUUCAAACUAUGGAAGGAAGAGCCAACGCUGGACCGAAACUGCAUCUUUUUGGAGAGAAUUUAUCGUGAGGACAUCUACCCAUGUCUCUCUUUCAACAAGAGCGAGUUGGGUGCAGCCAUCCUGGAAGCUGUGGAGCAGAACACUCUCAGUGUGGAGCCAGUGGGUUUCCAGCCCUUACCUGUGGUUAAAGCUUCAGCAGUGGAGUGUGGUGGACCAAAAAAAUGCGCCUUGAGUGGUCAGACCAAAACCUGUAAGCACAGAAUCAAAUUUGGAGAUUCAUCCAACUACUACUAUGUAUCUCCCUACUGUAGAUACAGAAUCACAGUGGUGUGCAACUUCUUCACUUAUGUGCGAUAUAUUCACCAAGGGCUGGUCAAGCAGCAGGAUGCUGAGCAGAUGUUUUGGGAGGUGAUGCAGCUUCGCAGAGAAAUGUCUCAAGCCAAGCUUGGAUACUUCAAAGAUGAACUGUGAACUGACAAAGCACUACAAAGAGAAAUCUCUACAAUUAUCACAGACUCUUACCAGAUGUCCUUCCUCUUUGCAAAAAACAAACAAAUCAAAAACAAUACAAAAGUUUGUGUUGAUCUCACAAAA